AUCCUCUGGCGCGGCAGGUAAUUGUCUAUAUCUCAGAGAGCUAAAAUCACAAUGCUCUUACUACAAGCCGUGCGCUUGUUGCGCGCGCGCGUUCCCAACAUACGUGCUUUCCUGAUCGGUCCACCUACAAAUGACUAAGCACCUUUCACGCUUUCACUACGACUUCACUUCACUUUCACUUCAGGCUCGUGUCUUUCUUUUCUAUUUGGCCUGGUACUUUCUAUUCACUUCUCUCGCUCUGCGUUUAUAAUGUCAACCAUGCCUUCUUUCUCGUUUCUCGGCCAGGUAGCCGCCUUCUUUCAUCUCGUAAUCCUCAGCCUCUUCAUUGGAUGGUUCGUUGCUAAGGAUAUCUUCGCCGCCUUCUACACCAUCCUCUCCUACCUGCCCCCGUUCAUUUCCUUCACGGGCAAAUACAGAUUUGAGGCCGUCGCUAUUUGCACUAUUAUCAUCAUAUAUACGCAGUUCUUCGGCUUUCACUACUACCUCUCUUUUCUUUGGGGUUGGAAAACAUGCCUUGGACCGUGCUUCAGCUCCGACCCUCAGCUCCUCUGUCUACACGACGGCAUAAUGAAAGGGCUCUUACUUCUCAUACUGCCCCACUUCAUCUGGGCCUCUUGGAUAGGCAUAUGGUUCUCGAUCCUCAUACUCGGCAACCUCAAUUUCCUGUACGAAGACAAGAAAGAGCUUUCGGCAUUUGACAGCCUAGUCAGACAAGUUGACAGAGUAACGGGACGCGAACGCUAUUGCAGCAUUUGCAAUAUCCAACAGUCAGAUCUCAUGCACCACGACAAAAUACUCAACAAGUGUUUGCCACUCUUUAGCCAUCACGACUAUUGGUUUAUGCCCCCGGUAUACUUGAAAACCCAAAAGGCAUACCUCUCCGCGAUAGUCAUGUUACCGCUCCAGCUAGUCAUCACGGUUCUGAACUGGUACUACAUCUUUUUUAUGAACGGUACCGUUACAGUUUAUCACAUCGUCUACCUCUCACUCAUCUCUUUCACUGUCAUCUUGGCUCUCCGCGAAGUUGCCGUCAACGGCUACAUAUGGAUCAAUAUAACCCUCUACAACACCAGAAAGCCGGAAAUGGACGGAGUCCGGCUUAGGUUCCGCAGCGAAAAUGGCAAGAUCAGGUUUACGGAGCUGAAUUUUAAGCGUUUGCCUCAGGAUCUUGUCGAUCCUCCUAUUGGCGAAAUGACAUUCUGGGGCGAGGGAUAUGCGAAAUGGGUGUGCGACAAGCAUGUUAAGGUCGAGAAGGAUUCCAAAGUCCCUGGUAUACCGACCGCCCCGCCUCCUGUCUCUCAUGGCGGUAUCCCCGCCAUCACGCUCACCAUCCUCACGCCCACCAACCCUUAG